AUGGAUGCAAACGAGGAAGAUAGAACGGACCAGCAGCCUAUUAGACCUGUUUCGUCGCUGCUAUCCCACUUUGAGAAUCUCUCCCAUACUAAGCGUGAAGCUCAAGAAGGGUCAGGAUCGCUGUUGAAAGCACCAACAAUAGCGGAUAAUGUGACAGCAGGCCGAGUUUCGUUAGAUCUACCUCGAUCAAACUCGCCAUGGGGGAGUUCUCAGCGGCUCAAUCAAGGCUUUCUGCGGCCUCAACAGACCGGGGACUCGCCUACCCAGCGUCGUCAGCCACGUCCAUUAUCUAUGAAUUUACAGUCCACGUCUCCCGGACGGUCGGUAUAUACUGUGGAAUCGCCUAGACCUCCUCCGCAACCGACCUUCUCAUACAGCCAGAGCCUUCCACAGACACAGGGCCACGCACCCCACACCGGACAUAUUCCUAACGGCCACUCGGCAUCGAAUGAGCCCUCUAGCAGCCCUCCAUCUUCCUCGCGCACCUCUACUCGCCCCACAACACCUCUCAAUGACCAUUCCCAUACCGUAUCGAUAGAUAUCCGGCGUACAACUCCUGUGAGUCAGCGCAUUGGAAAGAGCGCUUCUGUUCCCCCACCUGUGAAUAGGGCGGAAAAACCCAAGAUACCUCUUCGAAAGCCAGGCAUCUCAACCGGCCAUAAUGUCACAACUUCAAAUACCCUUACUCCGUCGUUCUCAGUACAACAUACGUCGAUGGAAGAUAGGAUAUCACCCUUUAGUACCCCUCCCAGUAGUCCUGAGAAGAUAUCUGGUACAUCAAAGCUCAAUGGGACCCCAGAGCCAAUUAGUCUGAGUGAUUUUCAUGCCCCAAGUCGACUACAGCAAACACAGCCAGGCUCCCGCCCUCAACCGGGACCCGUUACUCGUGAAGGGCCACCGGUCUCAAGAUCGACAAAACAGAGUAAUUUAAUCAGCAACACUGCUCCUAACGCUAUACCCCCGCGUCCUCCGCCGAUAACGCGCGCGAAAACUGUGAUUGUACCGCCCAAUACACAAACAUCUAGUCGACAAGGCGACAGCGAUCAAGAGGUUAGACUGAAUGCGCCGGUACGACGACCGUCGCCGGCACCGCCACGUAGGUUGGAAACAUCGAGGGUUGGUCUCAGCCCGCAUAGGGAUGAGCUACCCAGUCCUCAGAGAGUAGUAUCUGCCAUAGACCCACAAACACCAAACGUUUAUAAACUACCACCUCGAUCAUUAAGCAUAAAACAACCUAAACCAGCACCUCCUCCACCUCCUCCGCCUCGAAGAGAAACAAGUAACUUAACCACCAAAACGACUCAACAUACAGGCCGGCCUCCACCCCCACCUUCGAAUCCUCCAGUGCGCCAGCGUCCUCCACCGACUGCUCUUACCAACGAUCAAGAUGCAAUUAAGUCCCUAGAGCAGCUCACACGCUCAGUUCAUCGUACUAAACCUGUCGUUGUUACUGAUACGGAUAUCCACCCGGAUGCUACCCACACAAACCGUCGUCCACCUUCUUUCAGGUCAGGGGUGUCAGAUGUUUACACUAAAUAUGAUACUCGCGUAUUCGAUGUGUGUGGACAAUACGUAUGUACAACAGGCUUUUUUACCAGAGUUUGGGAUCUUGUGACCGGGGAGAUGAUCAUGAGUUUAAACCACGGUGAGACAGUAAAGGGUUCUGCUAUUGCAUUCAAACCAGGCAGAAGUGUCGAUGAAGAAGGUGCAAUAAUCUGGAUUGGUACUACUGCCGGCGAGUUACAAGAAGUCGACAUUAGAACCCAAUCUAUCAUCAACACUCGGCCUGCUCACUCUCGCCGAGAAAUCAUCAGGAUAUAUAGAUAUCAAAAGGAGCUCUGGUCUUUAGACGACGAAGGAAAACUCUUAGUAUGGGCUCCAGACGAGUCAGGCUCGCCGAACCUUCAAUACAGUUACAACCAUCCGUAUGACCGCAUGGCCAAGGGGCAUACCUUUUCAAUGGUUGUUGGUAACACAAUCUGGUAUGCUACCGGUAAGGAAGUACGGCUUUACCAACCUCAUGCCCAAGACACUGCCUUCCAAGUCCUCAAGUCACCUCUAGGUAAAAACCACUCCAGUGAAGUGACUUGUGGGACGAUGUCAAUGACCAACGGGGGUAUGGUAUACCUGGGUCAUGCAGAUGGCAAAGUAACCAUAUACAGCUGUAAGGAUUACUCUUACCUUGGAACUGUCACCAUCAGCAUGUACAAGAUCAGUUCCUUAACGGCUGCUGGAGACUAUCUAUGGGCAAGCUACAAGACUGGCAUGAUUUAUGUGUACGAUACGUCAACAAACCCGUGGACCGUCAAAAAGGACUGGAAUGCUCAUAGCCAUGGAGUUUGUGGGAUGAUGCUCGACCUAAGCUCUGUGUGGACCGUCAAUAAACUUCAAGUCGUGUCUCUUGGUGUGGACAAUUAUAUCCGUGUUUGGGAUGCUAUGCUUGAGGAAGACUGGCUCGAGGCAAAGAUGCAAAGCAAGGAUGUCGAAUACUGUAAAUUCAGUGAAAUUUCUGCGGCUAUCGUCACAUGGAAUGCUGGUGCAACGGUUCCUGGCAAACUACCAAAUAGCAAUUUUAUUAGAGAUGCUAUCCACCCCGAGAGCGCUCCAGAUAUUUUGGUAUUCGGCUUCCAAGAGCUUGUGGACCUGGAAGAUAAGAAAAUCACAGCAAAGAGCUUCCUCAAAGGAAAAAAGAAGGAUGCAGACAAAGAGACAAUGAGCCGGCAAUAUCGCGUCUGGAAGGAUUAUCUUGCACUAUGCAUUCGAGAACAUAUGCCAAAUGGCGAGUCCUAUGUCCUACUACACACCGCAAGCCUUAUAGGUUUGUUUACCUGUGUAUUCGUAAGGCAAGAUACGCGCGAACGGAUCUCAAAUGUCAGUGCAGCGGAGGUUAAACGGGGAAUGGGUGGUCUUCAUGGAAAUAAGGGCGCGCUCAUUCUUCGGUUCUUUAUGGAUGACAGUUCUCUCUGCUUUGUCAACUGUCAUUUAGCUGCGGGUCAAAGCCAAACAGCAAACAGAAACAAUGAUAUUGCCGCAAUUAUGGAAAGUGAGGCGCUUCCCAAAGAACCUAGCCUGUCAGCUCGAAUCGACCGGUUCGCCGGUGGCGGAGAUGGAUCUAUGAUUCUCGAUCAUGAGAUUUGCAUCUUAAACGGGGAUCUCAAUUAUCGCAUUGACUCGAUACCGCGAAACACAGUGAUUGAAGCUGUGAAGGCUAAUAAUCUUCCCAAACUCCUAGAUAGGGAUCAACUUUUAGCUUCAAAGCGCAAGAAUCCUGGGUUCCGGCUUCGCACGUUCAAUGAAGCCCCUAUCACCUUCGCACCAACGUAUAAAUACGACGUGGGAACCGAUAAUUAUGAUUCUAGCGAGAAAAAACGAGCACCUGCCUGGUGUGAUCGGCUUUUGUACCGUGGAUUCGGCCGUAUUAAGCAGUUGGAGUAUAGACGACAUGAAGUUCGCGUGUCCGACCACAGGCCUGUUAGCGGCACUUUCAAGAUGAGAGUCAAAUCUAUAAUCCCGAAUAAGCGAACAGCAAUAUGGGAAGAUUGCCAGGCAGAGUUUCUUUCUGAGAAACAACGCUUGGCUACAGAAGCUAGCGUUUCAUACCUUGUCCGUUUCCUAGGGCUGAGUCCAAAAGAAGCUUAUGCUUUGAUAACCUCGCCAGCCGGAGCAUGA